CCGGUGGCGGCUGUCGAGGUGGCCGUGGUGUCACCCGCCUUGCAGCACAACGCUGCGGCGGCGGGAGCCCCUGCAGCCUCGGUGGUGCCGGUGCAAGCCCCCGCGGGGGAGCCUCCGGGCAGCAGCGCUCCCAGGGCGUCGCAGCAAAGGCGGAGCUCGAUCCCGGAAGCCCCGGGUAGGCUGGUUGGCAGGGGCCAGAGGCGGAGGCGGCGUAGCGCCACCCUGGAGUUGUCGUCCGAGGAGGUGGAGGUGGAGGAGAGCGAGGAGGAGGACGGAAGUGACGAGGAUGAGGAUUAUGUCACGGAGGAAGAUGAAGAGGAUGACACGGAGGAGGAGGAGUGGGACGAGGAAGAGGAGUUUGAGGAGGCGUCUACAGACGACGUUUCUGAGGAGGAUGAGGAGGUUGGGUCGGACACCCUGGACAGCGAGGAGGAGGAGGAGGCGAACCAGCGCAGCCGGAGGCGAACUUCGGUCCGGCGUGGCGGCUGCCGGAAGCGGCGGCGCAGGGGAAGGGGCGUGCCGUUGCGGAGGACAAGACGGGCGUUCAGGAAGAGGAGGCAGUCCAGCUCGGCUGAGGAGGAGGGCGAGAGCACCUCGGAACCGGAGCGGGAGGAGCCGGGGAUCGAGCGUGCGAAGCGAGCAUGGCGACAGCGUCAUGGUGUCCGCGGCAGUGCACAGACCCGCGCCGCCGGCAAGCAGGCAGCCACCGGCACACGGGCGGCAGGCGGGCAGGCGGCGGCCGGGCCCAAGUGCCCGAUAUGCUCCUCCGACUGUGCGCCGCUUGCAAAGGAUCUGCCGUACGUGGCAUGGCGGGGCCGUGCCCUGUGCCGUACAUGCGCGGGAAGGACCUUGUUUGGGGAGGUGCUGGAGCUGGCGGAGGCACGGGGCGCGCGGCAAGGUCGCUAGCCGUAAGGCAACAGCAACAGCAGGGAGGACGCGCAGGAGUGCAAAGCAAGCAUGAGCAGCAACAGCAGGAUUGGACAGCUGGACAGGGUUCCUGGGCGUGCUUUUCGUAACAGGGUGGCCCGCGAUCAGAUUAUUUCUCAGUAACAGUGCUUUCUCUGAGGUUGGAGUGCGUGCACACAGAACUGAAUUGCGCAUGGGCAGGGUUGGCAGGUGUGCGUGGGCUGGGUGCAAGGUUAAGCAGGGACUGUCUUUCCUUGAUGUGCCUUGCUGCAAAGGGGCAUUUAGGUUACCGUUGGAGUUGUGCUUGUUGGAGGACUUGCAGACGAGGUACUUGAAGGCAGGCUGCUGUCCCGUGUUUGCGCGUGUCAUAUUAUCUUCCAUGAUCCGAGACAGUGAACGCCGCCGUUGUAGGGGGUAAUUAUAGUGCCUACACCCACAAGUGUCGUCCUUUUUCGAGGGCGAGGUUCGGUAAGAGGCCCAUUCUUGCCAUCGCACGUGAGCUGAGAUGAGCGGGCCGUAUAGGACUUGUAGGAUUGGUAUGGCCCGGCCCCUAGCGCUGGGCAAGGUAGGUUUUAAAGGGUGGUGAAGGGGUCUGCGGCCAUCACCUGGAUGGCUUCACCGAGCUAGGACCCCCAUGUGGAAAGUAGCUGGAGUAGCUUUCUAGAUUAUUGUCUGAUGAGUGGUGGAUGCGUUAACGUUUUGGUGCAAAGGA